CUUCACACAUAUCAGCAUCCCCACGCUGUCACGCACGCCUCUAUGUAAGGAAUGCAGAGACACCAACACCAACACGUGCAUGAAGUUGCGGCUGGCAUGGGUAGCACGCAGCACAGGGAAGCUACACACGCAGACACGUACAGACAGACAGACAGACAGACAGACGGACAGACUCAUAAAAAAAACGAUAGGUAACAGAAAUGCGCACGUACGACUCCUCCCUCCACGGAUAUCCACAUAUCAACAAGGCAUGUACCUAUCUACACGCAUCGCAGAGCACCACAGCAAGAGACCACCUCAAACAAGACAGACACCAGCACACAUAUGGAUCAAGCACAUAUAUUAUUCACGGGCCGCCUUCCUUUUGGUCACUUCCUCUUGCGAAUCAUCUGCUCGGCGCCCCAAUCGAGGCCCUCAAACAGCCCAUCACCGGUGCGGGCACACGCAGCCUGCAUGGCAUUCAUCCACACACAGCAGCCGAGCCAUCAGUGACAUGCGCACGUGUCUCGCCGUGUUUGCUCUGCCUCUCCGCAUGUGGUGCGUGUGCGCGGUAUGUGUACCUGGAUGAACCAGGGGCGUCUGGUGAUGGUGUUGAGUGCCAGGCGGUCGGCCAGCUGGGCGGCAGACAGGGCGCCAGGCAAGUCCUGCUUGUUGGCGUACACCAGCAGAGCCGCGUCGGCCAACUCCUGCACAACAAGCCAGGCCAGACAAGGUGGCAACGAACAAGACGUGCCAGCUGUGGGAUCAGCGGCUGGCUCACCGGCUCCCUGAGGGUGCUGUGGAGCUCCUCGGCUGACUCGUCCAGACGCUCCGCUGCAUAAGGAACGACAACAAAGAGAAUGAUGCUUGCCUCAAAGUCGGCUGGAAUGUGUGUGUGGGGGAUUUCUGUGUGGGGAUUGCUUCGUACCGUCAGAGCUGUCGACCACCCAGAUGAUCAGAUCGAUGUUGGGGUAGUAAUAACGCCACAGCUGAAAAAUGAGCACACACACACGGACGGGCGCCAACUCGGGCUGCUAGGUGUCUCCGCCCCUUCCGCCCUCCUGUCUUCCCUUCCCGUAGGCACCUGUCGUAUCUUGUGCUGUCCGCCGAUAUCCCACACAGUGAAGUUGAGGUUGCGAUAUUCCACCGUCUCGACAUUGAACCCGAUCGUGGGCACAGUAGUGACCACUUCGCCGAGGCGGAUUUUAUACAGCAGCGUCGUCUUCCCAGCGGCAUCGAGGCCUACCAUGACGGCACGGCAGGGCUUCUGGCUGCUCACCAAGGACAACAGCUGAAUGGACACAUACACACACACACACACAUACGCCGGCAGGCAGAAGAUAUCAAAACAUAUGAGAGGUGGGGGAUGGUACUUCGGAAACGAAGAGACCCAUGGUUGACGGCUGAGGAAGACGGAACAGGUACCUCGGGCAAGAAGCGGGGGAACAGGCACCGAGGGACAGAGUCUAUCCGCAAGUAUAGCACCCCAGAUGCCAACAGAUGAUCAGCCACAGGGCGAUUGAAGCGGAGAACAGGACAAACACGAAAGGUGUGGGGCAGCUGCCGAUGCGUAGACAGUCUGAGCUCCAUCUCCGUCAAAUUGCGUGGCUCCUACACUUUCUGACGUCACGC